AUGGCCAGCUCCCAAGGAACCGCGCCCAUCAACCCUCCGGCUAACCCUGCGGCCGGCCACCAACUUGGAAUAAAUGGCCAUGGUCCUACGCCUGUUCCCCAACUUCCAACAAAUGGUAAUGGGUCGGCUGCGGUCGCUGCCGAUGCAAGCUCCAGCAACCGGGUCUCCGAUUCCGACGGCGGCGUUGGGCAAGACAAUGCCGCUGAUCUAGAUCACCGACUCCUGUAUGGGCGCACUUACCACGCCUACCGAGAUGAGACUGGCGGUGCCAAUAUUGAUGGUUACAAACCAUACUUCGUACCAAACGAUGAGGUCGAGUUCCGCCGUAUGAAUCUCCAGCACGACCUAGUGACGUCUGCGCUGGACUACCGGUUGUAUUCGUGCCCGGCCGGCGUGGAUGCGCCCCUGAGAAAUGUCCUUGACGCUAGCUGCGGGACGGGCAUCUGGACGGUGCAGCUGAGGAGAACCCAGACGCCAGAGUCGGUCCUUGGUGUUGAUAUCAGCCCCUGGGCACCUGAUCCCAAGCCCCCGAACGCCUACUUCAAUGAGCAUGACCUGGACAUGGACUGGGAGUACCGUGUUCAGUUUGACCUCAUCUACGCGCGCUUCUUGGCGGGUUCCAUCACGAACUGGCCCAAAUUCUUCGGCCAGGCAUACCAAAACAUCCAGCCGGGCGGCUGGCUCGAGAUGGUUGACUUUCUGUACCCCAUAACCUCAGUUCACGGCAGCAUCCCGAGGGAAAGCGCGCUGUACCGCUGGAAUAUCGGGCUCGUAGAGGCUUCACGGGCGCUCGGUGUCAACCUGAACUGCAGCAGGGAUUACCAGCAGCAAAUGCGCCUUGCUGGAUUCCAAAACGUGUCGCGACAGGAGCAUUCGUGGCCGCUGGGUAUUUGGCCGCAAAGCCGGAGGGGGAAAUAUAUGGGCAGGAGAGCUCUCCAAAACACCAUCGAGAGUCUCCACGGACUCACCCUCCUGCCUUUCACGCGCGGUUUGAACUGGUCUGUCGAACAGGCGAAUUCUUUACGCGAAAGUACCGCUCAGGACCUCAGGAACCUGGGCCUCCGCGUCAGGUUCCGCCUUAUCGUCGUCUACGGGCAGAAAGCUUUGUGAAUAUGUAAACCAGCGCCGUCCGGUUUUGGCUGAGAUGUAC